CUUCAGCCGAAGUACUUACGUGCAUGCUGCAGUUAUAAAUCAAUGUCACCACGUUCACUGUGUACGAUCUUUUUAACCUCUUCAGCCUACUAGACCCAGAUCUUGUAAUACCAUUCCACGAAAUGUCAGUUGAUGUGCGUUAUGCAGCAUUCGGGGGAAUCACAGCGAUCCUCCUUUUCGGAACACUCUACUCAGUCGCAUACGACACUUAUCUCGACACCUCCGAUCCCGCCCUCACACAUCUCCCUCACCACCUACAUGCAACGCACUACUUCGCCAACAAAGCCAACAUCCUAAACUCAUACUUCAUCAAACGCGCAUGGGGUUGGACUUCCGCGGCCUUCCUCACGCUCUGGCUCACCAGCCCACCCCACAAGCAGACAGUACACAGAGUAGUCAAGUGGGGCGUAGAAACAGCCAUAUGGCUCGUGUUCACAAGCUGGUUCUUCGGACCCGCCCUACUCGAAAGGCUCACAGCAGCUUCGGGGGGCGAGUGUACGGCCACCCUCCAAUCGGGUGCCGUGUUCACCGUCCCGUAUGAAUUCUGUCUCACGCGGACAGCCGUAUCACAAGAGACGCACCCGUUCUUGUUUGUUGGGUCGUCGGUUUGGGCGCCGGAUGAUAGGUGGCCGGUGGUCCCUCGCCUGAGGAAGGGACAUGAUGUGUCAGGCCACGUCUUCCUCCUCACUAUGUCUGUCCUAUUUUUGGUGGACCAGAUAAGGCUGUCUUUGUGCGCGAGGAAAUGGUCGCUUCCGCAUGCUUGUGCAGUCGUGUUCAAUAUUGUGCUCAUCGCAAUCUGGUUCUUCGCCAUCUCCACCACCAGCGUGUACUUCCAUACGCCAUUUGAAAAGUUUACUGGAUAUCUGUUAGGAGUUGCGGGCUACAUGGUGACUUGGUUGUAUUAGUGUACCAGCGCGCUUGUCAUAGAUGUAACAUUUCGACAUCGCUACCCAGUCUGUUUGUAGUAUACAAUGUUGACAAUGUUGACGUGGUCCAAA